AUGACCAGCGAUUCCAGUGAAGCGAGCUCGGAAUGUGGCUCUGUCCCUUCUUCUUCCACUUCCCUCCAAUCCUCAGAGACACCCCCGCCAUCCCCAACAAAGCCCCGCCGUCCCCCUCCUGUUCCACGCCGCCUCGAUAGCAUUGGAGAUGACCCUUCUCUUCUCGUCGGCAAGGUUCUCACUCGCCUCAGUCGCUCCGCUAACCACCCUGUGCUCACCCUCGACUUUGCUGACGACACCUCCUUCCAAAUCCUUGUUGACGGUUACGAUCCCAUGCAUCCUGGCCUUCCCAAGUCCUUAGAGAUGGAUGCUGCCCUGCAAGCCCUUCUGGACACCGCCGGUACCUCUGGACAGGCACGGGUCAACUUUACGGUCAAAGCCUGUGCUUUGAUCACUCUCACCGACAAGGCAUUCCACUCUGACCGCUCCGCGACUGUCCGCCCUGCCGGCAAGUCCGAACAACGCUGGGACCAAAACCACACGGGUGUUGCGUUGCGUUUCGCUGAAGACGGAGGAGGUUGGCACUGCGUCUGGGCCACUCUCGCGGACUAUGAAGACCAGUCUGAUGUCUCAAACCGCACACAGAGCAAAGGUACGAAAGAGGAGAAGGCAUCGUCCAAACCCAAAGACAGCAAGGAUGAAGAGAGUUCUCCGUUCAAGGGCAGGGACAGGAAGAAUAGCCAAAAUCCAGCCCCAAAACCUCGGGACAGGAAGAUAUCUGAACCGUCACUCUCCCGCCCUGCGACGUGCGUCUUCCGGAGCUAUGAUGACGUCUACAUCCGUAAACUCAUCCGCACCCCUCACACCCCGCGCAAGCAACACAAGCCGAAGCAGCGUACUAUAGGAUCACUCGAAGAUAUCACAAAAUGAGCAAGCUAGUGUUGCGUCACCACCACCGGGCAAGAGCCUACACCUGAAGGACAGUCAAGACUUCAGCACAACUCACCUAUAAGCAUAGACAGUGUUUACCCAUUUACUCCAUUUACCAUUUUUGUGCUAGUAUCUGGCAUUCCACUCAUCGCAUCAUCAAAUCUCAUUAGCAUCUCUUUCAUCUCAUGUUCUAUCUUACGUAUCGUUAUCUUUCUUCUAUGAUCUUCUUGCUGUACUGUUAUCUGACUAGUGUGGUAGGACGUAUCUCGUUGACACCAAUGUGCUCGCUCUUAUACCGCUGGCAGCCUCGCGCGUAUACCAACUAUAUCGCUGUACGUUCCGUACUCGUAAUCUACUAACCAUCCUCCAGAUGGGUUUCAUGAUCUUGGAUAAAACUCCCUUCUGCCACGCCUGCUUUGCCUUGAAUUGAAACCAGUCUCCAG